AUGGACAGUUCAAAGCUGGACUCGCUGCUGGAAGACUUGUCCAGCGUGCAUAAGCUUCCCAGGCUCUUGGCAGCAGCAGACGAUGUCGACAAGAUCAUUGAGCUGCUUAGCACGGCUCGGGAACAUGUCGCCGAGAAAUUGGAUCCUCAUACCACAAGUCUUACCAUGACGAAGCUUCAGAACCCCAUCAAGACGGCCUUCGAAAAGGUAAACGAUGACCUUAAGGCAGCAUCGGCAUCACACAAGAAGGUCGGCAAGUCAUUGGACAAGUACUUUCCUUUAAAACCGCUACCCACAGAGAACGAUGCCAUGGCCAACCAAGUGCCUCUCAUAAACCGCGCGAUUGCCAUGCACCUCCUCAGGGAAGGCCAAUUCUCAGUCGCCGAGGCCUUCAUCCAGGAAGCCCAGGCCGACAGUCCACACGAACGCUCCGACGACUUCGACCAUCCCAUGGAUGAAAGUGUGGAGGACGCUGGUGCGGCCAGGUCCACGACCCCUAUGCUAUCAAAUGACGACGACUACGACCUCUCAUCGCUGCACUCAAAAGAGCUACAAGAAAAGUUCGCCGAGAUGUACACCAUCUUACAAGAGCUGAAAGCACGAAAUCUUUUGCCGGCGAUCGAGUGGGCAAGGGCCAACUCUGCAGAGCUAGAAGCACGGGGCAGCAAUCUCGAAUUCGAGCUGAGCAAGCUCCAAUUCGUGUGGCUCUUCAAAGGGCCCGGCGUCAACAGGUUGCCGGACGACCAGCACAACGGCUGGGCCGGGGCGCUGGCGUAUGCACGGCAGCACUUCGACCGCUUCCAGGAGCGCCACGUGCGCGAAAUUCAACAGCUCGCCUCGGCCAUGGUCUUCGCCCCGAACCUGCCCGAAUCGCCGUACAAGUCGAUAUUUUCCAUCGAGGGCGCCUUUGGCGACGUGGCCGCGUCCUUUACCCGCGAGUUCUGCAGCCUGCUAGGCCUGUCGGCCGAGUCCCCGCUGUACCUGGCCGUUACGGCGGGCGCGCUGGCGCUCCCGCAGCUGAUGAAGUACAUGCUCGCGACCCGCGCAAAGGGCACCGAGUGGACGACGGCGCACGAGCUGCCGUUUGAAACCCCCCUGCCCGAGAGCAUGCUUUACCACAGCAUCUUUGUCUGCCCCGUGUCCAAGGAGCAGACCACCGACGCCAACCCGCCCAUGGUGAUACCCUGCGGCCAUAUGCUGGCCCGGGAGACACUCCAGAAGCUGUGCAAGGGGACCCGCUUCAAGUGUCCCUACUGCCCGAGCGAGGGGCAGUUGAAGGAUGCCAGGCAGAUUAUCCUUUAG